CGCUUGUGAAACUGGACGCACGUAGUUCGUGAAGUACGCGCUGCAGCAACAAUUUGUUCCUAAAACCCGUAAAUUUCAUUCAAUAUGUCCGGCAUCGCAGCAUCGCGACUUGGCGAGGAGCGUAAAGCGUGGCGCAAAGACCACCCUUAUGGAUUUGUGGCUCGUCCCGUUAAGAACCUCGAUGGAUCACUGAACCUCAUGACAUGGGAGUGUGCCAUUCCCGGAAAGAAAGGAACAGCCUGGGAAGGUGGACUAUACAGACUGAAGAUGAUUUUUAAGGAUGAUUACCCAACCAGCCCGCCAAAGUGCAAGUUUGAGCCGCCGUUGUUCCACCCGAACGUGUAUCCAUCCGGUACGGUGUGCCUGUCACUACUGGACGAAGAAAAGGAUUGGCGUCCUGCGAUUACCAUUAAACAAAUUUUGCUCGGUAUACAAGAUCUGCUAAACGAACCCAACAUUAAGGACCCGGCCCAGGCAGAGGCAUACACUAUAUAUUGCCAGAACCGACUGGAGUACGAAAAACGUGUGCGUGCUCAGGCCAGAGCAAUGUCGGCCACAGAUUGAAGCGGACGGAUCGAUAUAAUAAAUUUAUUUAAUCACAAACAUAA